ACAAUGCAGCGGGCGAUGUCUGAGGAAAGAUGGCGGAGGGAGGAGCGGCCGAUCUGGAGACUCAGAGAGGAGAGGUUGCUGCGCUGGUGAAAACGCAGCUGCGGAAAGGAGAGACUUGGUACUUAAUAGACAGUCAUUGGUUCAAACAGUGGAAAAAAUAUGUGGGCUUUGAUAGCUGGGAUAAGUACCAGAUGGGAGAUCAGAACGUCUACCCUGGACCAGUGGACAAUGCGGGCCUCCUUAAAGACAGUGAUGUGCUUGCCAUUAAGGAGCACCUUAUUGAUGAAUUGGACUACAUCCUUGUGCCCACUGACGGUUGGAAUAAGUUAGUGAGUUGGUAUGGGCUGACCGAGGGCCAGGAGCCAAUCGCCCGAAAGGUGGUUGAGCAGGGUAUGUUUGUGAAGCACUGUAAAGUGGAGGUCUACCUCACCGAGCUGAAGCUAUGUGAAGACAGCAACAUGGACAAUAUCGUCACCAGACGCUUCAGCAAAGCAGACACAAUAGACACCAUUGAGAAGGAGAUGCGCAAACUGUUCAACAUUCCUGAUGAGAAGGAGACCAGACUGUGGAACAAAUACAUGAGCAACACGUUUGAGUCUUUGAACAAGCCGGACAGCACCAUUCAGGAUGCUGGGCUCUACCAGGGGCAGGUUCUAGUUAUAGAGCAGAAGAAUGAGGAUGGAACAUGGCCUCGAGGUUCCUCCACACUGAAGUCAUCUGGUACUUCCAAUCUCUCUGCUUUACCAAAGAUCUCCCCUUCAUCUCUCACAAACAAUCAUAGCAGCAGCUUCAGCAGCAGGAAUGUAAAAAACUCUAGCUAUAGCCUCCCAUCCUACCCACCCUAUAACAGCUACGAGUACUCGGAACAGAGCAGGCACAGUGAGAAGGCAGGCCUGUGUGGCCUAUCCAAUCUGGGCAACACCUGCUUCAUGAACUCCGCUACACAGUGUUUAAGCAAUAUUCCCCCGCUCACUGAGUACUACCUGAAGGACAAGUACCAGGCUGAACUGAAUGAGGACAACCCUUUAGGAAUGAAAGGGGAGAUCGCCAAGGCUUACGCUGAGCUCAUCAAGCAGCUCUGGUCUGGCAAAUACAGUUACGUCACCCCCAGACCUUUUAAGACCCAGGUGGGCCGCUUCGCCCCUCAAUUCUCAGGCUACCAGCAGCAGGACUCCCACGAGCUUCUGGCCUUCCUGCUGGACGGCCUGCACGAGGACCUGAACCGCAUCAGGAAGAAGCCCUACAUCCAGCUGAAAGACGCCGCCGGCCGGCCGGACAAGGUAGUAGCUGAAGAAGCCUGGGAAAACCACAUCAAGAGGAAUGACUCCAUCAUCGUGGACAUCUUCCACGGCCUCUUCAAGUCCACCCUUGUAUGCCCUGUGUGCGCCAAGGUCUCCGUGACCUUUGACCCGUUCUGCUACCUGACGCUCCCGCUUCCCAUGAAGAAGGAGCGAACGCUGGAGGUGUACCUAGUGCGGCUGGACCCCAUGACCAAGCCCAUGCAGUAUAAGCUGACUGUACCCAAAGUGGGCUACAUCUCAGACCUCUGUGCUUCUCUCUCAGCCCUGUCGAGAGUACCUGCCGAGAAGAUGAUUGUCACAGAUAUCUACAACCAUCGGUUCCAUAGAAUCUUUGCCACCAAUGAAAACUUGAGCAGUAUAAUGGAGAGGGACGAUAUCUAUGUGUUCGAGGUAGCGGUGAACCGGCUGGAGGACACGGAGCAUGUGGUGAUCCCCGUGCACCUCCGGGAGAAGUACAAGCAGUCUGGCUACAACCACACCAGCACGCCGCUCUUUGGCCUGCCCUUCCUCCUCACCGUCCCACGCACGCUCAGUGAGGAGAAGUUCUACAACCUGCUGCUCCUCCGCCUGUGUCGCUUCGUGCACUCAGGCCUGGAAGAAGAGGACUCGGAGGAGACGCACUCUUCCAAGCAGCACGCCAUCAACGGCAAUGCCCCCAAUGGUAUACUGGAGGAAGGCUCGCCCAGUGAAAUGGAGACUGACGAGCAGGAUGACGAGUCCAGUCAGGACCAGGAACUCCCUUCUGAGAACGACAACAGCCAGUCAGAGGAUUCGGUGGGCGGAGACAACGACCUGGAGAACGGGGUUGGCCCAGAGAACUCGACCAAAGGCCAGCAGCUCACAGGCCACAAGAAGCGACUUUUCACAUUCCAGUUCAACAACAUGGGCAAAACCGACUUGAGCUUCAUCAAGGAGGAGCCACGGCAGAUCCGAUUCGAUGAGGGACACCUUCGCCUCAGUGACAGGUCCUAUCUCUCCCUGGACUGGGAGCCAGAGAUGAAGAAGAAGUACUUUGAUGAAAGUGCAGUGGAAGACUUUGAUAAGCAUGAGAGCAUGGAAUACAAACCCCAGAAGAAGGCCUUCUUUAAAUUGAAGGACUGCAUCGAACUCUUUACUACCAAAGAGAAACUGGGGGCAGAGGACCCUUGGUACUGCCCGAGCUGCAAGCAGCACCAGCAGGCCACUAAGAAGCUGGACCUGUGGUCCCUGCCCCCAGUGCUGGUGGUCCACCUUAAGCGCUUCUCCUACAGCCGCUACAUGAGGGACAAGCUGGACUCACUUGUGGACUUCCCACUUCGUGAUCUGGACAUGUCCGAGUUCCUCAUUAACCCCAACGCUGGGCCAUGCCGCUAUGACCUCAUUGCUGUGUCCAACCAUUACGGAGGAAUGGGAGGAGGACACUAUACCGCCUACGCCAAGAACAAGGAUGAUGGCAAGUGGUACAACUUUGAUGACAGCAUCGUGUCUCCAGUCAGCGAGGAUCAGAUUGUGUCCAAAGCAGCAUACGUACUGUUCUACCAGCGCCAGGACACGGUUAAGGGCACAGGCUACUUUGCCCUGGACCGCGAGGACCCAGAGGAGCAGGAGAGCACCUCGGCCCAUGGAGCCAAUGCCCAAAGUGACGAAGAUGAUGAGGAGGAGGAGGAUGAAGAAGACCUAAAUGACAAUGAGCAGGAUGACGACCUCGAGCCCAACAAUGACAUCACUAUGAACACCAACUGAGGUGGCAUAAACAUUGGAGAGUGGUGAGGGGGUGGAGUGGGGGAUGUCAGGGUGUCAUCAGAAGCCAUAUCAGGAGCGUGCAGCCCAGUGAGUACCAGGGCCAUCCCCUGCUUUCACCAGUGCCUGCCAGGGCCCAGGGGUGCCAAGGAGUCAGCUAGAACGCCCCGAAACUGAGCAGUCGAGCCCCUGUUUGAACAGCCAACAUAGCAGGUUGAUCAUUUAUUUUUUGUCCCCCUCUGAUUUUUCACUUUUCCACAAGGGCCCCUCUUUCACACAGUGCAGCCAAAUGUAAACUUCUGCAGCACUGCUGUGUAAGCUGAUGAUUUCAGAGUGGUGGAAAGCCCUGUGUCUGUCUGUCUGUCUGUCUGUGUAUGUGUAUGUGUGUGUGUGUGUGUGUGUGUGUGUGUGUGUGUGUGUGUGUGUAGAGAACUUGCAAAAGUGGUGUUUAACUUUUAUCCUUAAGUUGCCCUGUACAUAAUCUUUGAUGGACAGUAAAUCUCUGGGGUUUUAAAGGUAUUGAAACUCCAUAGACUGUUUUGUUGCACAAUCACUCCAUGUGUUUUUAUAGUUAGUGCCAUGUGAACUGCAGAAGUGGUUUAUGGCUACCCAGAAUCCCCUCUGUUCAGCUGCUUAAAGAUCUGCCUUUAAACCAGUGGCAUCUACAGGCAGUUUCACUUGCGUCAAAAGAGCACUGAUAUGUAAUUUAAAAACUAGUCAGUUGUGCUGCUGUAUGUCUAAUUAGGGUUUUUUUUUUCUUUUCUUUUCCCUAGGAUAACUUAGGUUUUGCAAAUAAAGAUAUUUAGGCUCCUUGACAGCUACAUCAAAAACAUAACACCUUGAUUAAAGGUGUAACUUAACUUCUAUCUCUGCCACUGCUUCUGGAGUAAGCCUCAUUCUUCACACCAUCACAGAGGCUUUUUAUUGAGAUUAUGAAUUUUUGGUGAUGAAAUAGGUUUCUGUCUCUUGCCUCCAUCACCUUGGCCUUAAAUCUAAUCUCAGACUGUUGCCUUUACUUUGCACAAUCACGUCACCGUGUCUGUCUACUUUGCCCCAUACAUGCUCCAAAUGGACACUAACACCUAACACAAAUGCGCGCGCGCACACACACAAACUAACACUCACGUGUUUAUCACACUUUCUACUUUAGCCCUACAAACACAGAGGAACCACUACUAUCUCCUGUCAUGAAACAUGCUCCAAUUCUCACAGAUUGGCAGCCGGGAAUGUAUAUGACUGAGGUUUUAUUUGCCUGAAAUUUGACUGAUGCCUUUCAUGGGGAUGAGUAGCAACUUACUUUUUUCCCCAUUCUUUUGCCUUUUUAUUUUAGACUGUAUGUGUUUUUGGGUUCUGGGGGAGGUGGUUAAAUCAUUUCAUCACUUUUGAUGGUAAAUACACAUAAAGUGGGGUACUGCUGUGUGUGUCUUCUGUCGAGGAGAAGGUGGGCACAAGGAUAAUCAGACUGGGCGAGGCUGAUUGCAUAGGGCUUAUAAAUAUUGUAUAUAAGAGUUCACUCUGUGAGUGCACAUUUGAUAAAUUUAUUUAUUUAUAUGUAAGCAUUGCAAAACAAUGUAUUUAAGACCACAGGAAGACUACGGAAGAAUAUAUAUUGCAGAAGGCUUCAGUCCAGCAGUCUGGCUGGGCUGUGGGUCUGCUGAAGGAUGCUUCGUUGCCUGCUGCUUUUUGUAAAGGUUCGUUCGGGCAUCCUUGCAUGACGAAGGGGGUUUUGACGUUUGGCUGCACUUGAGUUCACUUGGGUUUACAUUUGAAAUGUGCAUGUGUAUUUAUAUACAGACUUCAAUAAAGUUGUGUAAAGCCUU